AUGAUGGACGAGAAAGAAAUCGAGACAGAGCGCGUCCUUCGAAAUGCGGGCUGGCGACCUGGACGCAAGAUCGAUACCAGUGCAUGGCGGGAUCAGCUGGAGAUGUUAGGAUUCGUCUGGACUGAAGCGGCAGAGCACUUCCUCUCAGAAUUUGGAGGGCUGGUCAUCGAUCACUGUGGCCCGGGGAUUACUUGCGCUCGUUCACCCUUUGAAUUAGACCCUCUUCUCGCCGAGGGCGAGGAUGACAGAUUUGCGGAGUGGGCCACGGUACUUGGCGAGCCUCUCUCUCCAAUCGGGCAACUCGAUCAUGGGCGAUUCUUUCUGGGUAUCUCUGGGUCUGGCGAUAUUUACCUUGUGGAAACUUGGCUAGCCUCCUUCGGGUCCGGACAGGAAGCCCUUAAGGCCCUGGUUCUUGGAAUAGCUCCACGAGAGAUUGAUGAGCACGAUCUCGAAACGUAA